UGUGGUCUUCAGUGAGCUGCAGUAGUUAAAUGAGAACAAUCUUUUCCCAAGUGGUUCCUCUUGUGGACAGCAUUUCUGUUGGCUCCAGAACUUUGGGCCAUCUAUAAAGCUUCACGAUGGAAAAUAAGGAAAUUCUCAAGGAGGAAGAGUUCCUGGCGAGCACUAGAGAAAGAACAGCCAUCAACCGAACCAUGAUCCCUGCAAUGGAGGUCUUUGAAAUCAAUGAUUCAAACCCCAAGAAGAGAAGGGGGGUGAACUGCUUCAUGGUCAUGGUGGCCAUCUACCUGAUUCUGCUCACCGCGGGUACUGGGCUGUUGGUGGUGAAAGUUUUGAAUCUGCAGGAGCGGCUCCGGGUGCUGGAGACUCACUUCAAUGGGACGCUGGCCGCCGAGGACCAGUCAAUGUUCCAGUCAGUGCCCCUCCUGUACCUCCCUGGGGGCACGCUGGGGUUGCAGGCCCUACAGGCCCAGAUCACCCAGGUCCGCACCAGGCAAGAACACCUGCUACGGAAGGUGGACAACUUCACUCGGAGCCCAGAGCUGUUCCGGGUCAAAGGGGAACGAGGCGCUCCAGGUCCUCCAGGACUCCAAGGCCCGCCUGGAAUCAAGGGAGAGGCAGGCCUCCAAGGACCCAACGGUGCUCCAGGGAAACAAGGAGCCCCUGGACAGCAGGGAGAGAAGGGCAGCAAAGGCGAUGGGGGUCUCGUUGGCCCGAAAGGGGAACCUGGAGCUAAGGGAGACAAAGGAGACCUGGGUCUUCCAGGAAGCAAAGGGGACACGGGCAUGAAAGGAGACACAGGGGUUAUGGGUCCCCCCGGAGCCCAGGGGACUAAAGGUGACUCAGGGAAGCCAGGCGCCCCAGGUGCAGCUGGAUUUCCUGGAAUAAAAGGAGAUCAAGGACAACCUGGAGUGAAGGGUCUUCCCGGCUCUCCAGGCGUGGCAGGAUCCCCAGGGGCCAAGGGGGAGCCUGGCACUGCUGGCUCCCCUGGACUAGCAGGGCCACCAGGGACACCCGGGCGUCCUGGAGCCGACGGCAUGAAAGGAAGCAAGGGAGACCCAGGACUUCAAGGACAGAAAGGAACAAAAGGAGAAUCAGGAGUUCCAGGCCCUGAGGGCAUGAAGGGACAAAAGGGAAACCCGGGCCAGGGAGGCCUCACAGGUGCACCUGGACUGAAAGGCCAAAAGGGAGAGCCGGGAGAGAAAGGAUCUUCUGGAGCGCAGGGAACUCAGGGAGAAAAAGGUCAAAAAGGUGAACCAUUACAGACCGUCAGGAUUAUCGGCAGUAGGAACAGAGGCCGGGCUGAAAUUUUCUAUAACGGCGUCUGGGGGACAAUCUGUGAUGAUGACUGGGACAAUUCCGAUGCCACCGUCUUCUGCCGCAUGCUGGGCUACUCCAGCGGGACGGCCCUUACCAACAUGUCACCUGGCAGUGGGGAGAUAUGGCUGGAUAACGUUGCCUGUCGGGGGACAGAGAUCACCCUCUGGAAUUGCAGAAAGAACAACUGGGGGGCCCACAACUGCAACCACAAUGAGGAUGCUGGUGUGGAAUGCAGAUGACCCCCCACAGUCCCUCCACCAUGCAGUGGCCGGAAGUGUCUGCAGACAGGGACACUCAGCUCCCCUGCAGGAGGGCCAGCAUUCUCUGAGGUGUUGUUCUGAGGUGGGGUCACUAAUAAAACUCAAAACAUGA